GUUUGUCCUCAGUUCCUAGGAAGAUCCGUCAUCAACUGUAUAUAAGAGCUGGUGUUUCUCUGGUUCAGGACGACUGAAGCUACAGACGCUGAGAAGGAAGAAGAGAAGAUCGUUCUGCAGCAGGUAAUCAUCAUCUUCAACAUCUGCAUCAUCUCCACCAUGAAGACGCUGACUCUGUCUGCACUUCUUUGUGCCAUGAUGGCUCUGACCAGAGCUGCUGCUCUUCCAGACGCAGAGGCUGGAAACUGGACCGACUCAUUCACUCCAGGUCAGUGGAGGUCCACAUCUUGCCCCGGGGGUUGGACUGCUUUCAAUGAUCGCUGUUUUCUCUACGUUCCACGAUCCAUGAGUUGGGCUGUGGCUGAGAGAAACUGUAUGUCCAUGGCAUCUGUACACAACAUCCAGGAGUACCAUCAGAUUCAGACAUUGAUAUUGAGCGCCACUCAUUAUCAAGGAUUAACAUGGAUUGGGGGAUCUGAUGGACAACAGGAGUAUUAUUGGUUCUGGAGUGAUGGAACGUCUUUCGGCUUUUCUCACUGGUGUCCUGGAGAGCCUAAUAACUAUUUAGGUCAUCAGAACUGUGCAGUUGUUAAUCAUUCAGAUCGGAAAUGCUGGGACAACCUUUGGUGUGAUUGGCAGCUGCCAUCUGUCUGUGUCAGAAACGGCUGA